UUGCUCUGCAUCAUCAUCACCCGAAUUAAUUCAUGAAAAUCCAUACCUUACCCAAAUUUGCGAGUACAUUUCCAAUGUUACUGGAGUGAAUUUGGAUGAUAGAACAGAUCAUCAUGAUGUUGGCAAUAAGAGAUACAUCCUUCAAGGAAUAGUGGAUGCCAUGAAUUUGUUGAAAGGCUUAAAUCGAGAAAAAAUUGAAGAAUUCAAGACGCAGGUCGACCAGAUGAAAACAGGACGUGAUUGCGAUGGAAUGUACUUUCAAUCCGUUCUCACGAUUGAUGUGGAUUUCCUCGAGGAGGCUGUUGCAAGAAUGAUCUCCAAGCUGUGA